UUCCCGCGAAGGCGAAGCGCGCGUUUUUCUCUCGCCAGCUGUGGAGCGAGCAGGCAGCUUGACCUGCGCUGCGAGGUGUGAGCCUUGGCGUUUCGGGCGCUGUGAGGAGGGAUCCGCUUCCUCGCCAGGGACGAGCCAUGCCCGCCAAGCGGCCCGCAAGUAGAGGCGGGCCCUCGGUGCCAGAAAUGGGGGAGCAAGCGGAGACGGCCGUCAUCACCCCUGCUAUGCUGGAGGAGGAGGAGCAGCUCGAGACGGCGGGGCUGGAGAGGGAGCGGAAGAUGCUGGAGGAGGCUCGCAUGUCUUGGGACAGAGAAUCCUCUGAAAUUCGGUACCGCAGACUUCAACAUUUGCUUGAAAAAAGCAAUAUCUACUCCAAAUUUUUGUUGACUAAAAUGGAACAACAGCAGUUGGAAGAACAGAAGAAGAAAGAAAAGUUGGAGAGAAAGAAGCAAUCUUUAAAAAUUGCCGAGGGUAAAAAUUCAGUUGAUGCAGGUGAAGAGACUCCAGUCAUGAAAAAGAAAAGAGGAAGAGAAGAUGAAUCUUACAAUAUUUCGGAGGUCAUGUCAAAAGAGGAAAUUUUGUCGGUGGCUAAAAAACAUAAAAAGAAUAAUGAGGAUGAAAGCUCUUCCACUACUAAUCUGUGUGUAGAAGAUCUUCAGAAAAAUAAAGAUUCAAAUAGUACAAUUAAAGAUAGAUUGUCUCAAACUGUUAGGCAGAAUACCAAAUCCUUUUUUGACCCAGUUCGGAAAUGUAAUGGACAGCCUGUACCCUUUCAACAACCAAAGCACUUCACAGGAGGAGUGAUGCGGUGGUACCAAGUAGAAGGCAUGGAAUGGCUUAGGAUGCUUUGGGAAAAUGGAAUUAAUGGCAUUCUAGCAGAUGAAAUGGGCUUGGGAAAGACGGUUCAGUGCAUCGCUACAAUUGCAUUGAUGAUUCAGAGAGGUGUACCUGGACCUUUUCUUGUCUGUGGCCCUUUGUCUACACUGCCUAACUGGAUGGCUGAAUUCAAAAGAUUCACACCAGAAAUUCCUACUAUGUUGUAUCAUGGAACUCGGCAGGAACGUCGAACAUUGGCAAGGAAUAUCCACAAAAGACAAGGAACACUGCAAAUUUAUCCUGUGGUAAUCACAUCAUUUGAAAUAGCCAUGAGAGACCAAAAUGCAUUACAGCAUUGCUAUUGGAAAUACUUAAUAGUAGAUGAAGGACACAGGAUUAAGAAUAUGAAGUGCCGUCUAAUCAGGGAGUUAAAACGGUUCAGUGCUGAUAACAAACUUCUAUUGACUGGUACUCCCUUGCAAAACAAUUUAUCAGAACUUUGGUCAUUGCUAAACUUUUUGUUGCCAGAUGUAUUUGAUGACUUGAAAAGCUUUGAGUCUUGGUUUGACAUCACCAGUCUUUCUGAAACUGCUGAAGAUAUAAUAGCAAAAGAAAGAGAACAGAACGUUUUACAUAUGCUGCACCAGAUUCUAACCCCUUUCUUACUGAGAAGACUAAAAUCUGAUGUUGCUCUUGAAGUUCCUCCUAAACGAGAAGUAGUUGUUUACGCGCCUCUUUCAAACAAACAAGAGAUAUUUUAUACAGCCAUUGUGAAUCGUACAAUUGCAAACAUGUUUGGAUCUUGUGAGAAAGAAAUAGUUGAGCUAAGUCCUACUGGACGGCCAAAACGGCGAAGUAGAAAAUCAAUAAAUUACAGCCAAGUAGAUGAAUUCCCCAAUGAAUUAGAAAAACUAAUAAGUCAAAUACAGCCAGAGGCAAACAGAGAAAGAACUGUUGCAGAAGUGAAUGUCCCUGUAGAAUCUGAAGUUAAUCUGAAGCUGCAGAAUAUAAUGAUGCUUCUUCGUAAGUGCUGCAAUCAUCCAUAUCUGAUUGAAUACCCUAUAGACCCUGUCACACAAGAGUUUAAGAUUGAUGAAGAAUUGGUAACAAAUUCUGGGAAGUUUUUAGUUUUGGAUCGAAUGCUGCCAGAACUUAAAAAAAGAGGUCACAAGGUGCUGGUUUUUUCACAAAUGACAAGAAUGUUGGACAUUUUGAUGGAUUACUGCCAGCUUAGAAAUUUCACUUUUAGCAGGCUUGAUGGGUCCAUGUCUUAUUCAGCAAGAGAAAAAAAUAUUUACAGUUUCAACAUGGAUCCAGAUGUUUUCCUUUUCUUAGUGAGCACACGAGCUGGUGGCUUAGGCAUUAAUUUGACUGCAGCAGAUACAGUUAUCAUUUAUGACAGUGAUUGGAAUCCCCAGUCUGAUCUUCAGGCCCAGGAUAGAUGUCAUAGAAUUGGUCAGACAAAGCCGGUUGUUGUAUAUCGCCUUGUAACAGCAAAUACUAUUGAUCAGAAAAUUGUGGAAAGAGCAGCUACUAAAAGAAAACUGGAGAAACUGAUCAUCCAUAAAAAUCAUUUCAAAGGUGGUCAGUCUGGAUUAAAUCAAUCUAAGAAUUUCUUAGAUCCUAAGGAAUUAAUGGAGUUAUUAAAAUCUCGAGAUUAUGAAAGGGAAAUUAAAGGAUCAAAGGAGAAGGUCAUCAGUGAUAAAGAUCUAGAGUUGUUAUUAGAUCGAAGUGAUCUCCUUGAUCAAAUGAAGGCCUCAAGCUCAGUUAAAGAGAAAACGGGGAUAUUCAAGAUACUAGAAAAUUCUGAAGAUUCCAGUGCUGAAUGUUUGUUUUAAAUUAGAGCUAAAAGAUUGCUUUUAAAAAUUCUUAUUAUAUCUAUCUGGUAACUUACCUAUUGGAUUUGAAAUCCAGAUUGUUCACUUUAUGUUUUUGGAUUGUAUCAGUUUAUAUGAUGUAACUAAUAAUGUUACAUGAGAUUAUAAUUUCCUGAGUUUUAUUAAGCACAAAAUGGUUAUUAAAUUUGGAUUUUCAAUAAUUUUUGAGCUUGGGUAGUACUUUUGAGUAUUGUCUACUAUGUACUUACCCAUUGCCAGAUUUACGCAGUCUUCCUGUGGAAGUUUAGUAAAUGUUUUCUCCUUAUAGUAAUGUAAUUCAAGGGGUUUUGGUACUUCAGUUUUGGAGUAGGUUUUUGAUAGAAGUGAUUGAUUGAAAUUGUACUUUCUGUUACUGAAGUAAGAAAUUGUGACUCAGUAAGAUGGUUUACCAAAUAAAUGUUUAUUUUAAUA